AAGGGCAUUCGCGCUCGAUUGUAUCCCGCCAACAGCUUGUCUCCCAAAACCGUCACAGCCCACCUUAGAGAAAAUACUCGUCUACCCACCAAAGAUCGAUUUGUCUUUUCCGGAGAUCUUCUUUCAGGCUCGAGACUUCAGCCUUACAUCCAUGACAUCGUGGUGACUGUCCGUCAUCGUGGUACAUCCUUCAAAUACUUGGUGUUCUUUAAGAGGCACAAGUUGCUUCCGCCGAACCAAUGCAUUCAGAACUUGCAAGGAGGACACAUAAAUGGCGAUGUUCUACUAGUUGCUUGUGGUAAGAAGGUAUCGGUUAGAAACUUGCGAAAUCGAUUGGAGGUGCGAGCGGCUGAUAAAGCCAUUAAAAGGUGA